AUGUUACAAUCCAGUCUUCGGAAAAACCCUGUAAAACGCGAGCAUUUCGUCAAGUUCAUGGAACGAAUCCUGACUUCCGGUCAUGCAGAGGUCGUACCACCAGUAGCAGAUGACUCUGAAGUAUGGUAUCUCCUUCUGUUCGGAGUCUACCACCCGAAGAAAGUUGACCAGAUACGUGUUGUAUUUGAUUCUUCUUGCAAGUAUGAAGGUAUAUCCCUCAACAAUGUCUUGAUGCAAGGCCCUGACUUGAUGAAUCGACUUGAUGGUGUUCUGCUCAGGUUCAGGAAAGAGACAGUUGCUGUAGUAGCAGAUAUACAACAGAUGUUCUUCGGAUUUUAUGUUGACGAAUGCCACCGGGAUUACCUCAGAUUUUUCUGGCACGCCGACAACGACGUUGAUCAACCUUUGAUAGAGUACAGAAUGUGUGAACAUGUUUUUGGCAACAGUCCUUCGCCGGCUGUUGCCACCUACGGUCUACGGAGAUGUGUUGAAGAUUGUGGCAAUCCUUGUGACGUGGACUUGCAGGAGUUCGUGACUCGCAAUUUUUACGUUGAUGACGGUUUAAUGUCCUUUCCCACAGUAACCGAGGCGGUCGACGUUCUUAAGAAAGCUCAGAGAGCACUGUUGGAAGGCGGGAACCUGAAACUCCACAAAAUUGCAUCCAGUAGUGAAGAGGUGAUGUCACAGUUUCCUGCUGCUGAUUUGGCUAAGACAUUAGAGCCACUAGACUUGACACAUGAUGAACUGCCACUCCAUCAUAGCCUGGGUAUGGCAUGGGAACUAUCCACAGAUACCUUUACUUACAACACAUCUGAAAACCAGAAACCGUUCACAAAGCGAGGUCUUCUUUCAACGGUGAAUGGGAUUUUCGAUCCAUUGGGCUUCUUGGCGCCGAUUAUCAUCAGGGGCAAGAUUAUUAUGCGUGAUGCUGUGAAUGAAGCAAAUGGCUGGGACGAUCCCUUAUUGCCUCACACUGAGAAGGUUUGGAGGUCUUGGACUGAACAGCUGAGCAAGCUUUGUGAUAUACAUAUCCCUAGAUGUUUCCUGACUGUGUCUUUCUCGAAGUGUGUUACAAGAACUUUGCAUAUCUUCUCUGACGCAUCUGAGUUAGCAGUAGCUGCAUGUGCAUUCCUCAGAGGUGUCAACGAGGAUGGAGAGGUCUUCACUGGAUUUGUCUUCGGGAAGUCGAAGGUUGCGCCGAAGCACGGCCACACAAUACCGCGCCUCGAGUUAUGUGCUGCUGUUUUGGCUACCGAAAUCGGCGAGAUGCUUUCGGAACAGUUGGACAUUCCCCUCGAUCACCUGCGUUAUUAUACCGACAGCCGAAUAGUGCUUGGAUAUCUUUCAAAUGAACGUAGGAGAUUCUAUGUUUACGUUUCCAACAGAGUCGCUAGAAUAAGGAAAAUUUCCUCACCUACACAGUGGCAGUAUGUCCCUACAGAGGAGAAUCCAGCCGAUGAGGGGACACGUGGUUUCUCCCCAGAGCAGUUUGCUGACAGUCUAUGGUUUAAUGGACCAUCCUUCCUUCGCAAUCACAUCAGCCCUGAUCUUGAUGUCGAAUAUUCUUUGGUGGAGCCAGAAUCGGACAAAGAAGUACGACCUGAUGUUCACUCGUGGAAGACUAACAUACGUACUACACUGGGAACAUCUAGAUUCAAUCGUUUCUCCAGUUGGAACAGCCUUGUGCGUGCUAUCCGUACUAUACGAGUUCGGUUGAGGAGUCGUUUCAAUAUCCAGAAUGAUCUUACCAGACGCGAGGUUGAGCUUUUCGUCAUCAAAGAGCUCCAGAUGACCUACUUCAGUAAAGAAAUUCAAGCGCUUCGUUCUUCCAAGUCUUUGCCUAAGGAUAGCUCUGUGCUUUGCUUGAAUCCUCACCUUGAUGAGAAGGGACUGCUGCGGGUUGGUGGACGCAUUAACCGAGGUGACUUUCAUGAGACCGAGAAAAAUCCCAUCUUGAUACCAGGUCGCAGUCAUAUUGCCAAGCUCCUUGUGCAACAUCACCACUUGCAGGUACAACAUCAAGGACGCCACAUGACCGAAGGUGCAAUUCGUAAUGCUGGACUUUGGGUAACCGGAGCAAAACGUCUGAUUGCUUCCACGAUACAUCACUGUGUGACAUGUCGCAGACUACGAGGGAAGUUUUCCUCUCAGAAAAUGUCGGAUCUGCCUGUAGAUCACCUGACUCCUUCACCGCCAUUCACACUGGUUGGUGUUGAUGUAUUCGGUCCUUGGAACAUCAUCACUCGACGUACAAGAGGCGGAAACGCAAGUUCGAAACGAUGGGCAGUCCUCUUUACCUGUUUGUACAGCCGAGCAGUCCACAUUGAGAUCAUCCCAGAGAUGACGUCAUCAUCAUUUAUCAACGCCAUGCGGAGGUUCAUUGCCGUCCGAGGUGAAGUUUCGGAGUUCCGCUCAGAUUGCGGUAGUAAUUUUGUAGGAGCGGUCAAUGAGCUUGGAAUUCACUCUAUCAACGUGGGAGAUCCUCAAGUGAAAACUUACCUGGACACCAACAACAUGAUCUGGAGAUUUAAUCUUCCCCAUGCAUCUCAUUUCGGCUGA